AUGCAGCGGAUGCAGCGCGCGCCGCUGCAUUCGCGGCAUGCAGCCUCCGGCUUUGCAUCCGCAAACAGCCAGCUGCAGCGGCUGGUCGGACGGCCGGAAUGGCAUUGUCGGCAGCAGCACCGGCGACAGCUGGCGAGCGAGCGGGUGAGGCCUGCCGCGGCAGGAGCGCAAGCGGACGGCUCAGAGCCGCAGCCGCUGCGCCCGAAGGCGCAGGCCGCUGCGCCGGUGCAGCCGCAGGUGGUAGACGCGUCGGCGCCACAGGCCGGCGCAGGCACAGGUGCGGCGGGCCCCAACAACGGCCAGAGCUACAGCUCCUUCUACAAGACCCAGAACGCCCGGUGGAUCAGCAAUAACAACGGCAGCAGCAAUGGGAGCAACGGCGCCAAGCACGCGCCGCCCUCUCACAGCGCGGCGGCGGGGGCCGCGGAAGCGGCGGCGGCGGACGCGGCAGCAGUAGCAGCAGAGGGGGCGCCGGAGUCAAACGUGGAUGAUGCCCUAAAGAAGGCACAGGACGCGCUGGCUGCCGCGGAGACGUCCCUGGACGGCGCCGCCGGCGGCGAGGAGCAGGGCCUGCGCGAGGCGCUGCUGGCGCGCGCGCUCAAGGCAUGGCUGGUGGUGCGGCCGGCGGUGUUGGUGGGGACGCUGUCCGUAGCGCUGGUGGCGUCGCACGCGUUCGGGCUGGCGCUGCAGUGGGCGGCGGCGACGCUGACCGCGCUGGGCAUCGCAGCCUGGGGCCACCGCCGCGGCUCCCUCUCGCCGAGCGGCGCCGUCGCCGCGGCGACCGUGCUCUGCAACAGCGGCCUGCCCACCGUCCUCGCCGUUGCCUACGGCGCCCUGGCCGGCUGCCUCGACCUGCCCCUGGGCGCGCUGCCCGGCAUCGAGGCGUGGCGCGCCGACCUGCUGACGCUGCUGAUGGGCGGCUUCCUGGGGUACUACGCGUGCUGCUGCGGCGACACCUGGGCGUCGGAGCUGGGGGUGCUGUCGAGCGACACGCCGCGGCUCGUCACGACGCUGAAGCCCGUGCGGCGCGGCACCAACGGCGGCGUCACGCUGCUGGGGCUGAGCGCGAGCAUCGCGGGCGGCCUGUUCACGGGCGCGGUGUUCUACUUGGCGGCGGUGGUGUCGCCCACCCUCUGGGUGUUUGACCUUCAGCGCGCGGCUGCGGUGGCGCAGUGGCGCCUCAUCCCUCUCGGCCUCAUGGCGGGCCUCUUCGGCUCCCUGGUCGACUCGCUGCUCGGCGCCACAGUCCAGUUCACGGGAUAUGACGUGUCGCGACAGAAGAUCACGUCAAAGCCCGGCCCCGACGUCGUCCACAUCUCCGGGCUGCCCUUCCUGUCCAACAAUGCGGUCAACCUGGUCAGCGCGACGAUCACCAGCGCGCUCACCGCGCUCGCCGCGCUGCGCAUGUUCGCGUGA